AUGGUAGGCACACGCAGGGCGCCAGGUCCUCUUUGCCCCGCCUCGACACCGCCAGAAGAUGGCAUUGUCUGCGGGCGAUGCUGUCUUACACAGAUGUUUACGACGUGCUUACCUUCAAAUCAAUCUGUUCAUAUCUAUCUAUCUAUCUAUUCAUAUCUAUCUAUCUAUAGUCUAUCCCAGUCUGUUCAUAUCUAUUUAUCUAUCUAUCUCAGUCUGUUCAUAUCUAUCUAUCUAUCUAUCUAUCUCAGUCUAUUCAUAUCUAUCUCUGUUCAUAUCUAUCUAUCUCAGUUUAUUCAUACCUAUCUAUCUCAGUCUUUUCAUAUCUAUCUAUCUAUCUAUCUAUCUAUCUAUCUAUCUAUCUAUCUAUCUAACUCAGUCCGUUCAUAUCUAUCUAUCUAUCUAUCUAUCUAUCUAUCUAUCUAUUUAACUAACUCAGUCUGUUCAUAUCUAUCUAUCUGUCUAUCUAUCUAUCUAUCUAUCUAUCUAUCUAUUGAACUAACUCAGUCUUUCUCUGUCUCUCCCUCUCUCUCUCUUUCUCUCUCUCUAAGCGUAUUCAAAUCUGUUUAUCUCAGUACUGUCUCUAAACGAUGUCGGCAAAAAAAAGAUGUGGUUGGGAUCAACUGUCAAUAUUUUGCUGUUACUUCAUUAGCCAAUUCCACAGACAUAGUCACUUACUCUCUCUCUCUCACUCUCAAUCUCUCUCUCUCACUCUCUCUCUCAUUCUCUCUCUCUCACACUCUCUCUCUCUCUCUCUCACUCUCUCUCUCUCUGUUCCUUAUCCUGUCUCUUCCUCUUUUCUCUUUCUCUCUCAUUUCCCUCUUUGUUUGUUUGUUUCUUUCUUUCUUUUUUUCUUUCUUCAUCUCUCUAUCUCUCUUUCUCCCUCUUGCUUUUCCAUUCUUUUCCCCCCCUUUCUCCAUCCCGCACACUACUCCCUUUUUACUUUCUCCCUAUCUAUCUCUUCUUCACACUUUCUUUUUUAGGAAAAGAUUCUCCUCUUCUCUCUCUCCAUCUCUCUCUCUCUCUCUCUUUCUCUUUGUGCUCCUUCCUUAUUCUUUCUCCCACAUUUCUCUCUCUCCCAUUUUUCUUUCUUUCUUUCUUUCUUUUCUUUCUUUCUUUCUUUCUUUCUUUCUUUCUUUCUCACCCAGCAUUUGUUCUUGUUUUUUCUUUCUUUCUUUCUCACCCAGCAUUUUUCUUUUUCUUUCUUUCUUUCUUUCUUUCUUUCUUUCUUUCUUUUUUCUUUCUUUCUUUCUUUCUUUCUUUCUUUCUUUCUUUCCCACCCCGCAUUUGUUCUUCUUUCUUUCUUUCUUUCUUUCUUUCUUUCUUUCUUUCUUUCUUUCUUUCUUUCUUUCCCACCCAGCAUUUGUUCUUUCUUUCUUUCUUUCUUUCUUUCUUUCCGUUUAA